GCUUCUCGGGAGCGGGGAGGAGGGGCGGCGCGCGCAGGGGGCCGGGCCGGGGCGGCGGGCAGGAUGCUGAGCCGCCUGCAGGAGCUGCGCAAGGAGGAGGAGACGCUGCUGCGGGUGAAGGCGGCGCUGCACGAGCAGCUCACCCGGCUCAAGGUGGAGGAGCUCGCGCUGCAGUCCAUGAUCCGAUCCCGCGAGGAGGACCUGGCGGCCGCCGCCGCCGCCCCGGGCGCGGAGGACCCGCAGCAGAUCCUCGGGCAGAUGGACAACGAGGCUGCUAUCAAUCAAACCGAAUUACAGCUGAGUAUUCGAGAUUAUGAAGAGGAGAUGGAAGAGGAGGAGGAAUCGGAUUCUUGAGAGAGAGAAGAGUCAGAGAUGGUUUUUAAUACAGGCUCAGGAAUUUCUCCUUCGUUCUUGCCGGCAGGUGUUCGUGUUGUGCUGUGUGUGGGCUGUGUGACACGCCAGACUCCUGGAGUCACAGGUUACCUUUGAGGACACAAAUGUCCCAGGCUUGGCAGAUUUUGAAUUAGAUGUUAAAAGAAUGAGAACUUGCUGCACCAGUAUGUAGCGUAAUCCGUUUUGCAAACCUAAUGUGUAGCUUACUACAUCUUCAUACAAGGUAAAAGUCAUCGAGUCAGACUAAUUUAACACAGUGAAAGCAAUAAUUUGUCCAUUCUUAUUUGCUGUUGCUGAAAACCACAACCAGGCCGCAGAGGCUGGUUGUGAACCAAUGAUUGUAUCAUAACCUCAUCUGCUUAAACUGGAAGUUUAAAGGUAGGCAGUGAGAAAAGAUGUGUCCAGCACUGUCUCCAGGCUUUCUGCUGCAGUGCUCUCAGUUACAGCUCAACAUCCGUGUCCUGUAAGUGUGACCCACAGAAGCUGCAGUUGUUCUCUCAGCAGGAGAAGCAGACGUUGCACUGCUGCCCUGAUACUGAGUGCAGUAGCAAGGGAGCUCUCUUGUCCCUACAGGUGCUGUUUUUAAGUACUGUCAGGCUGAUGAAACAGCCACAUUUUUCUUACUUGCUCAUAACAGUCAAUUGGCCUUUUAUUCUUCCACAAACUGUACAGUAAGAAUUAGUCCAUAUUGGUUGUAAUAAGGAACUAAUAGUUUUAGUUUUUUUCUUUUUCCCUUACAGUGAAUUUGUAGUUCAAUGCCAGUCUGCCUUCCACUUUAAAGUUAUCUAUAAAGAGUAUGAGAAAUUAAAAUUUACUUGGAAGGUGAUGCAAAGUCCCUUCCACAGUGUGUUUGAUGCCAUGGUGACACGCUCAUACUGCUCCUGUAGGUACACAGCGUGUUCUUUGUCCUCGUGGAACGUGGACACCAAGUGGAGCAGCUGGUUAUUUGAUCAAUUCUUAAAGACUUGCUUUGAGGGAUACAAAAUCGAACUCUGUUAAGCUGAUGAAAAGCAGACAAGUAAAAAUAAUAUCCUUAGUCACUUAAUAAGUCAGUGUGAUAAAGAAAAUAGCCACAGCAAUCCAGGUUGUUCACUGUGCAGCCAGCUAAAGGUGCUAUUGCUGUCUCUGGCAUUAACAGCUCAGAGAAAAUAACAUCAACCAUUAUCUGGAGUUUGCCUUUAAGAGCAGGAAAAGAACUUAGGAAAGCAGCCACUAUCCUGGGUGUCAUCAGAGCACUUGAUUCAACCUCCACUACCUUCCUGCCACUGUUUGAGAGAGAUUAUUUGACUCUUAUUUGGCUUGUAGCUAUAGGAACAGAACUUUAGAAUGUAAUUCCAGCUUCACCCUGUACUAAAGACUAAUUGUUUUUCUGACAAGCCUGGAUGUCUUAAUGAAAGAGCUCAGAAUGUGAAUUCAAAAUACUUGGCAAAGCCUUUCUGAGGCUCACAGGAGAAAAAUAAAAAGUCUGAGCAAGAAAUGUUAUGGCUUGGAGUUUCAAAUGGUUCUUUGGAGGCAUAUGGAGAGUGAGUUUGUAAGCAUCUCAGUAGCCAGCCCCUCCUCUUGCAUAGUGCAGUUCCCAGCAUGUUUGUGGCACUUCCAGCCCCAUCUCAGUCAGGAACAUCUGCUUCCUACUGCACUUCUGCAGAGCCCCUCUGGAGCUGUUGUUCUGGAGUUUCACCUCCAGAGACAAAUUUUGACCUUUGAAAAUAUGUUAUGUGGCCCCAGCAGAUUACCAAAUAGUGUUCAUGUCUAUGCUGCAUCUUCUUUCUCCUUGCUGUCUUUUCUGAACCAGGCCCUUUGAAAUUAAGUCCAGCACACUCUUCUCCAUGUUGCAAUAAAGUACUGUUGCCUCUGUUU